UAGUGAUGGUGAAGGCGUCUGUCUGUCUGAUCCAGGAUCAGCAGCAGCAUCAGCGGUCAGUGUCCCAUAUUCCUCCAGCUCUCAUGGAACAGCACAGGCCCGCCAUUUCACUGAAUGCCUUCGCUGCUCUUCAGUCCUGCGGGUUUACAGAAAUAAAACAGGCGGCGGCUGAACGGAGGGAUUAGUGUCGGGACACGAGAGAUGAGGCACGAGCCUUUACAGCGCGCGAGUGAAACCCGUAACAAUGUAACAUUUCCACGCGAGAUAUUCGCUAACAUCAUUUGUGGAUUCCUCAUCGUCUCGCGCAGCGAAUAACUGUGUGCAAGGCUUUGGUCCGAGCAAUCUUUGUCUCUCCGUAUUCUCGUAUCGUACGACAGGAGGUCGACCGGGAACUGUGGACACUAUUUAGUAGCAGUGUGAAUUUCAAUAUUCAUACGUAUUAUUUGAUUGUCGGUCGCUGGAAAGCUUUGAAGAUGUCUGGGCAGAGCAUUACAGACAGGAUAACUGCUGCUCAGCACAGCGUUACUGGAUCAGCUGUGUCCAAAACAGUGUGCAAGGCAACAACUCACGAAAUUAUGGGCCCUAAAAAGAAACAUUUGGACUACCUGAUACACUGUACCAAUGAGAUGAAUGUGAACAUUCCUCAGCUGGCAGACUCUCUGUUCGAGAGGACCACUAACACCAGCUGGGUGGUGGUCUUUAAGUCUCUAAUCACAACACAUCACCUCAUGGUAUACGGGAACGAGCGAUUUAUUCAGUACUUGGCCUCCAGGAACACAUUAUUUAAUCUCAGUAAUUUCCUGGACAAAUGUGGCCUACAAGGUUAUGAUAUGUCAACAUUCAUUCGGAGGUACAGUCGAUAUCUGAAUGAGAAAGCGGUUUCAUAUCGACAGGUGGCAUUUGACUUCACGAAAGUAAAGCGUGGGGUGGAUGGAGUGAUGAGAACCAUGAACACAGAGAAGCUUCUUAAAACCAUCCCCAUUAUACAGAACCAGAUGGACGCCCUUCUUGACUUCAAUGUCAAUGCCAAUGAACUUUCCAAUGGGGUUAUCAAUGCAGCCUUCAUGCUUCUCUUCAAAGACUCCAUCCGGCUUUUUGCAGCUUACAAUGAAGGGAUAAUAAACUUACUGGAAAAGUAUUUUGAUAUGAAAAAAGUCCAGUGCAAAGAGGGUUUGGACAUUUACAAGAAAUUCCUUACUCGUAUGACACGGAUCUCGGAGUUCCUCAAAGUGGCAGAGCAGGUGGGAAUAGACCGCGGGGACAUACCUGACCUGUCUCAGUUUACCGUGUGUGCCCCCAGCAGUCUGUUGGAUGCCCUGGAGCAACACUUGGCUUCAUUAGAAGGAAAGAAGGUGAAGGACUCCACUGCCGCCAGCAGGGCAAGCACACUCUCCAAUGCUGUGUCAUCUCUGGCCAACACUGGCAUGUCUUUCACCAAAGUGGAUGAAAGGGAAAAGCAGGCAGCUCUGGAGGAGGAGCAGGCGCGAUUGAAAGCUCUAAAGAUUCCUGUUUUCUGGUUGUAUGUGCACACAUUUGAAAAAAUUCAGGAACAGAGGCUGAAGGAGCUCUCCAAGAGGCCUUCGUUUGCCACGACCGACACUUCUCCAGUCUCCACCACAGCAGCAUGCAUCAGCACAGCUCCUGCCAUCGACCUGUUCUCCACUCCCAGCUGCUCCAAUGGUGCCCUGAAGAUGGAGGGCGACUUCUUCGACAUGCAGACUAACUUUCAGUCAAGCAUGCAGCCCGGACCCUCUGUGGCCACGGCAUGGGGAGAUCCUUUCUCUUCUUCUGAAGCUGUAGAUGACUCCAUUCCAAACCUAAACCCUUUCCUAACCAAACUUGUUGUUGACGGUGCUCAUCUACCCGUUAUGUCAGCAGAUGGUGUUCAUUUCUCCUCUAGGACAUCAGGUCAUGAGAUUUUUGGUGAUCAGUACAAUCCCUUUAUUGAUUCAAGUUCAUCUGUAUCAAGCAGUUACAAACGCACUGUGCGGAUAGAGCACUUAAUCUCAGACUCGUUUGGUCAGCCGUCUAUGGUCCAGCAUCUCCCAAACCCCUCUCCCUUCCAGUCCGAGCCCUCCACUGUAGCAGGCCUAUUCAGAGGAUACGGAGCUCCACAAAUCCCUCCUCCACAGAGCUCAGGGGAGCUGCGUGUUGACUUUGAGUCUGUUUUCGGUACUAAAGCUGCCUCGUCUAAUAGCCUGGAUACAGAUGCAGGGAUUUUGAAACCCACUGUGGCGGGUUCAAAUCAGUCCAGUCUGCUCCCAGAGAAACUGGUGUCAGAUGACCUGGAUUCUUCCUUGGCCAACCUUGUUGGAAAUCUGGGCAUUGGAAACGGUACCACUAAAAAUGAUAUCCACUGGAACCAACCAGGAGAGAAAAAGUUAACUGGUGGAAUGAACUGGCAACCCAAAACUGCUCCGUCUACUACAUGGAACCCUGUCUCUAUGCCUCCAUCUAUCAUGGCUUUCCCUGCUACAACACCUACAGGAAUGAUGGGAUAUGGCAUGCCUUCACAGUUGCCCUCUAUGAGCAUGAUGACCCAGCCCACAAUGAUGUACACACAGCCGGUCAUGAGGCCAUCCAAUCCGUUCGGAUCAGUGUCCAGUGCACAGCCCUCCGCUGCCUCUAGCCCUUCCAGUCAGAGUCCUCUCAGAGCCCCAGGACAAGACCCCUUUGCACAGCUCUCUCUCAAGGAUUUCUUGUAGAGCUUCGUCUUUUGUCUAGAUGCAGUUUAUGUAACACAAAAUGAAGUUGCUCCCUGAUGUCAAACCAUUAAGCUCUGCCCUCUGUGCUGGGAUGCUCUUCAGAGGACCGAUCCCACAACAUACUCGACGUCAAAGAUGUAAAGCAAGUGUGUUGAAAGACUGGGAGCAUACUGCAAUCAUUUCGUAAUUUGUUUAAGAUGUCAAGUGAUGCUGCUGUUUGACCCAUAAAGGGAUUCCUCAUACAUUUUAUAAUCUGUUAAGGUAGGUAAGGGCAUUGAAAGACCUGGGUAUUUAGUGUUCUGAGGAGCUAUAGUUUGAUUUUCCUGCUUUUCCUCCGACCGAUGAUGAGAAGUCUUCUGGCGAACGGCGACCUAAAUCAGAGUAUAACUCAGCAUCUGAUAUAGUAUGUGUUAUGAAAUAGUAACAGUAACUUUGUUUUACACUUUAUCUUUUAGUUUCGACUUUAAUUGUAUUCACCGGUAGACCUUUCUUGCGUGUUGUUUGUAUUUAUUUAUAAUUAAUGCCUAAAAAAAUAAAACAGGAGAGUUUACGAAGUACAUCGGGGGGAAAUAAAUAUAAAUACUAAUUCAACAUUAUUCUUGGGUGUUGGAUUGUAUAAUGAAGGUAUAGACUUUUGAAAUAGAUAUUAUGUGGAUAAUACACCUGUAAGCUAAAUGAUAGAGCACUAACUAUUCGCUAAGUUUUAUGUCUAGAACAACUUCCCGUAGAUGAAAUGUUUGCAACCCAAGGCUAUUGGGAGGGUAAUCAUUAGUGAACGGUUUGUUAUACUGUUUAGUCGAUACUGUGCUUAGGGGUUUUGCAAUGAGGUAUUUGUUGGAGUAGAAAAGCACUUCCUCCGUGACUGUGAGGUGUUGCACUUGGGAAGGGAGGUGUUCUCUGCAUUAUGCAUGGCAUGCCAUCAUUUUCACACGGACCGUAAAGAUCUGGCUGCCCCUGAUCUGAAUGUUUCAGACUUCUUGUCAAGUUAAGCACCCUGCUCUCUAAAAGUCCAGGAUUACUGAACGGGAGCUGGACGCUCCUCUAGCUAUUGGUCAUGGACAGGGUUAUUAAUAUCACUGUAAAUUUGUAGUGUAACAUAUAAGAAACGCUGACUGGGAGACGGUUCGAGCACUGUUGAUCGGUGCUUUUAUGUAUAUAUACAUAUGAUCAUGUAGGAAGUUUGUCCAGGGGUUGGCUAAGGAUGGUUUGAAAUAUGAAAGCAAUUCAAUCAGAUCUGAGUUUUACUGAAUAAUUUCUGUGUUGUCCUCACGGAUCAUUUUUUGUUUUGUUUAUGUAUUUAAAAUAUGUAAGAAUAAUUAGUGAACUCUUUCUUUUUCAAAUAAAGUGCAGCU